AUGCAAUCUGUUGCACCGCUAAUUAACGCUUUGAAAGAACUGUACUAUUUAGUUAAAAGAAAUGUUGGUCGCAAUUUACGCUCAAAUCCAGUAAAAUUAGCAAAAAAGGCGAAAAGAAUAGAUUUAAAUAAUUUGAACACAUUAUUUGAUGACGAAAUUCCAUCAUUUGUAAGGGAAAAUCAAAAUUUGGCAUAUACAGAUACUCAAAGCCAAGAUCUUAGUGUUGAAUAA